GCCGUGCAGUACCAGUGAUGUAAAGGAGCCGUGAUCGCGCAUUUGUUGAGAUUAUUCUUUUCAAUAGUUUCUAUUAAUGCAGUGAGUUACGCGUGUUCAGUUUACGAUUUUGAGUAUCGUGCAUGCUUACGGAUUGCCGGUGUUUCAAAUUCAAAAAUGAAGAAUCAGCGUCGAGCGCCGAUGUUGAUGGCGACGCUAUGGAUCUUCUUCACGUUUUUUAUUCCAACCGACACACAAAAUGCAAAUCCGAUUUCGUCUUUUAUGCAAUUUCUUCAAGAAGGCACGAGACAACUCGAUAACGAACCACCAGAUCAACAGUAUCUCCUUUCGGAAUAUGAUUUCAUAGUCAUCGGUGCUGGCACCGCAGGGUGCGUGCUAGCUAACCGUUUAACAGAAAUACCCGAAUGGAAGGUGUUACUCGUAGAAGCUGGAAAUAACGAAAAUUUUGUUAUGGAUAUUCCUAUUCUAGCAAAUCAUCUUCAGUUGACCGAAGCUAAUUGGAGAUACAAAACAAAAUCCUCUAACAAAUACUGUGCUGGCUUUGAAAACCAACAAUGUAACUGGCCACGUGGAAAAGUUGUUGGAGGUUCCAGCGUCUUGAACUUCAUGAUAUAUACAAGAGGUGCCGCUCCCGACUACAACAAUUGGGAAGCACUAGGCAAUGAAGGUUGGGGAUGGAACGAAGUACUUCCUUACUUUAAAAAAAUCGAAAAUUUUAAUAUUCCCGCACACGAUAAUCGCCAGUACCAUGGACGCGAUGGUUAUUUAAAUGUCGAACACGCCCCUUACCGUACAACAAAAGGCAAAGCAUGGGUAAAGGGAGCUCAAGAAUUGGGUUUUAAAUAUAAUGAUCACAACGGGGCAAAUCCAGCGGGUGUAUCCUUUUUGCAACUUUCUAUGAAGAAUGGAACCCGGCACAGUUCAAGUAGAGCAUAUCUUCAUCCAAUUAAUAAAAGAAACAACCUGCAUUUAACCAAACUUAGUAUGGUAACGAAACUUAUUUUUGAUGAUACGAAAACCAAAGUAAUAGGCGUUGAAUUCGAAAGACGCGGCAAGCGAUACAAGAUUUUAGCCAAAAAAGAAGUUAUAAUUUCAGCAGGUGCCAUUAACUCACCUCAAUUACUGAUGCUUUCGGGAAUUGGUCCCAGAGACCAUUUAGAGUCCUUAAAUAUUCCGGUCGUAAAAGAUUUACCAGUAGGAUAUAACCUAAUGGAUCAUAUUGCAGCUGGAGGAGUUCAAUUUAUGGUACAACAACAAAAUGUAUCCCUUUCCACAGGUUACAUACUGAACCACUUAGACUUAGUAUUCAAAUGGAUGAGAAAUCACAAAGGUCCCUUAUCAGUCCCCGGUGGUUGCGAGGCGCUAUUAUUUCUCGACCUUAAAGACAAAUUCAAUGUAACAAGUUGGCCUGAUGUAGAAUUACUGUUCAUAAGUGGAGGUUUGAAUUCUGACCCCCUUUUACACAGAAACUUUGGCUUUGAUGAACAAAUUUUUACAAAUACUUACUCUCCAUUAGGGGAUAAAGACGCUUUUAUGGUAUUCCCAAUGCUAAUGCGACCUAAAUCUAGAGGAAGAGUAAUGUUACGCAGUAGAAAUCCAAAGGUUCAUCCGACCUUAAUUCCAAACUAUUUUGAAUAUCCAGAGGAUUUACAGAAAAUCGUUGAAGGUAUCAAAAUCGCUAUUGAAAUUUCAAGACAGCCUUCCAUGAAAAAGUUAGGAGCAAAAUUGUAUGAUGUCCCUAUAGCUGAUUGUCUUAAAUACGGUCCCUUCGGCAGUGAUGCAUACUUUGCUUGUCAAGCGCAAAUGUUCACCUUCACAAUUUACCAUCAAAGCGGGACUUGUAAAAUGGGACUCGAAAGUGAUCCAUCGACAGUUGUAAACCAUAGAUUAAAAGUCCACGGGAUUUCUAAAUUAAGAGUAAUCGACGCUAGUAUAAUGCCAGAAAUAACAUCCAGUCACACUAAUGCUCCGACAUAUAUGAUUGCAGAAAAGGGCGCUGAUAUGAUAAAAGAAGACUGGGGACGAAAACAAUAAACAUGAGCAUGUACAUAUUUAUUAAAAAUUCAAUUAUGUUUUAAGCUUGACUGUGAUGUAAUUAUAUUAAGUAAAUUAAUAAUAUUAAAUUAUUUUAAGUUUGGUUUCCUCAUCGUCUAAACUUUAAAGAGACUUGUUUUUGUGUUAUUAGUAAUUUAUUCACAUAAUAUUGAAAUUUGCUUAGAGCAACCCCAAAUCAUAUUCAGCAAUCUUUUGUGUUAGAUAAUAAUUAAUUGCAAUUUUAUAUGAAAAUGUUUAAAAAGGUUAUGUAUAUUUAUAUAUACUCACGCCAUCUAUUUUACAUACAAUUAUUAUAUAUACCAAACUAUUACCGUGUCGUCGUUAUCGUGUAGAAAUAUAAUAUUAAUAGGAUUUCUAAAAAAAUUACAUUUUAAAUAUUUUCGAAAUACCACACAUACUUUCUAAUAGUGCAGACAGAGACCUUGAUUGAGACGGGUAAUUAAUCAAUACUGUGUAAUUUUAAUACAAAAAUUCAAUAAAAGUCGUGCUAAAUCAUACAGACAUUACAUUUCCACCAAUCAGUAGAUUUAUGUUAAUAUCUUGGCUUUAUAAAGUAUGAUGGUUAUUACUUUGGCAUUUUUGUAACCGACGUUGCUUAUAAAGCAGCAUCUUUGAAAAUGCUAGUUAUUAUGACCCAGAGUUUUAUUAUCUGAUGUAAAGUUAAUAAAACUGUGUUGAAAUUUGUACUGAAAUCACACUAAUAUUAAAAAGGUGAAAGUUUCUAUAUGUUUGUUCCACCUUUAAGCUGCGGUUACUGAAGUGAUUAGGCAGAAAUUUUGAAUGGAAAAAGAUUUUGCUCUGAAUUGACACAUAGGCUAUUUUUCAUACAGGAAAAAAAUCCCGAGGGAUUUGUGAAAAAUUGAAAUCCACGCGGACGAAGUAACGGGCAUCCGCUAGUAUUUAUAUAUUUAUGUUAUAUUGUUAUGAAGAAAUUGUUUUGUUUUCUUCAACCGCUUGAAGCAUUCCUGUAAAGUAGAUAUUUCGUACAAAACGUAUUAAUAUGACUGCUUAAAUUACACCCACCAAAGCUAGACUUCCAACAAAUAACCAACAUAUAAUAAUCAAAGUUAUGCAGUGAAAGCUUAGUGAAUAACUUGAACGAAAUUGAACUUAUAUUAAAUUGAAAUAUUGAAUAACAAUAGAUGAUAGAUCAUUUAUACAAGAGUUACUUUUAUAAAAUCUAAAUUUAUAACAUAAUAUUACAAGCAAAGUAGCAUUUGCUAUUGAUAUUACGUUAGGAGAUUCAAUAUUUAUUAAAAUAGUUCUAGCAUCAUAUAGUGUAAAAUGUAAGUAUGUAAAUGUAUUGAGAGACUGUCUGUAAAGCGUAGAAUUUAAAUAAAAUCAUUACUCCGUUGUAAAAAUAAAUAAAUAGAUAGUUCAAAGUUUUUAUAGAUUAAUAUAUAUGCAUAUGCAUGAAGGUGUGUUUGUCUACUGUACAAUUAAAACUGCAUUUUUCAGUUUUGCCUACACACAGGCGAUUUAACUGAACAGUUUACAGACUGUACAAUUAAAACUAAAAGUCUGUAGCCCGCAUUACAAACAUCCAACCGUUAAAUUUUGUUUGACUGCAUAUUGACGGAACAAGCUGAUCGAAGCAAAAAACUUUGCUGCUAAUGGUAGACGUCCACAGAUCCACCUCGUACGUAUCGCAUCAAACGGAUCGCACUAUUCUUUGACAAAGUCAUACAAGUACGUCCACUGAUCCGCAUCGUUCGGAACGCACGAAUCCACCGUAAAAUUAAAAAUCCGAUGCGUCCGAUACUUACGACGGGGAUACGUGGACGCCUGUCUUAAUAAAGCGAUGCUGUUUGGUAGCGUUUGGCAUUAUAGCAUCACGAUUGCUGGUAGUACCUACACGGAUGAGCUCCGUUGUAAAAUACCGACUACUACUCUUCAAAAUCAAAAUCCCAAUUCAUUUAUUUCAAGUUGGUUUAGUUUACAAGCACUUUUGUAAAGUCUACCACCGGUUUGGAAGGCAGGUUCUGCUGAGAAGAGCCAGCAAUGAACUUUACAGUUGCUCUUUCAAACUUUUAUUUUUCUUAGAUAUCUACUAAAAUUAAAAGUUGCAUUAUUUAUUAAAAGGAUUUUAUUUAAAAUAUUCUACGUAAACAAAUCAAGUGCUGGUUUUGGAUAAAGGUUAACGUAGAUUAUUAUCCUAUCAACACGAUAGUCUAUAUUUAGUUAGAGUCGACGAUUCUAUUUAUUUUAUAGGUAUAAGUAGUAAAAAUAAUAAUUAAUGUCGUAUUUGUUAUAAUGUUACUUUGUUUCUAAUUAUGUCUACAUUUAAAUUCUUACAUUACUCCUAGUAGGAGAGCCCAGGAUGGUAAAUUUGCAGUUACUAAAGCGACAUGGGGACUGAAUACAUUAAUUGGUAAAUGACAGGAAGAAUAAAUGGCAACAUUAUUUUCGCUUUCAGUGGUGGGACAAAACUACAGACUAUAAAGACAUUUUUUAUUAUUUCGGGGGGUUUAUUUCCUUCAAUAAAAUAACCGCGCUUGUGGCUCGAGUACUGUUACAUAAUUAUAGAGGUUUUAUUUUGUUCUUCCAUUCUCUUACGUUAAGCUCAAAUUGUUAGAUUUUCAAAAUGAACGCCUAUAUUAUGGGCUGACACUUGGUGGAGAUAUUCAACAACGUGCAGGGUGUAAUCAUUUAUGUUCAUCUGCCGCGCACUGCAAUAAUCCCAUCUUCGGCUCUCCAACUAUAAUAAUGUUGGCGCCAAUGGUAUUAUCAUGACACAAGAUUAUUUAAUAUUUACUUGUAAGCACUCUAGUGUUAGUUAAAACAAACCACAAACAAAAACAAACGGGCUGAAAUAGUCAACUAACAACUUGUAAAGUUGAUUUAUAGUAAGAGUAGACCUAUGUGUAGAUAGAUAUCUAUACUAAUAUUAUAAAGCUGAAGAGUUUGUUUGUUUGGUUGAACGCGCUAAUCUCAGGACCAACUGGCAGGGAAAAAUUCAUUCAGUGUUAGCUAGCCCAUUUAUCGAGGAAGGUAUAGGCUAUAUGUUUCGUCGUCGUCGUCAUCAACCCAUAUUCGGCUCACUGCUGAGCUCGAGUCUCCUCUCAGAAUGAGAGGGGUUAGGCCAAUAGUCCACCACGCUGGCCCAAUGCGGAUUGGCAGACUUCACACACGCAGAGAAUGAAGAUAAUUCUCUGGUAUGCAGGUUUCCUCACGAUGUUUUCCUUCACCGAUUGAGACACGUGAUAAUUAAUUUCUUAAAAUGCACACAACUGAAAAGUUGGAGGUGCAUGCCCGGGACCGGAUUCGAACCCACACCCUCCGGAAUCGGAGGCAGAGGUCAUAUCCACUAGGCUAUCACUGCUCCUUAUGGCUAUAUGUUUAUAGUCCCCAUAUUCCUACGGGAACGGGAACCACGCGGAUCAAAACGCAUGGCGUCAGCUAGUUAUGUAUAACUUAACACUUUAUGUAAGAUACACAAAUUCGCACAUGGGUAACUGUAAAAAUCAGUCGAUGUGUAGUUAGACAAUUUGCGCUAAUAUUUCCUAAAAAGACUACGUCCGUUUGUAGAUAUGUAUAUUGUAUACCUACAAAUUAAGUUAAUAUUAUUUAAUUAAUAUGUGCUAAUUAUUAAGUUUAAAUGUACAAGAUUAUUGAGUAGGUAUGUAUUAAAUCAUUUAAAUUAAUAUGA